CGCGCCCGGCGGGGCUCAGAGUGAUCGCGCGCGGCGCUGAGUGUGAGAGCUGAAGCUCCGCUGCCGCUCCAAACAGCGGCAUCAUGAAACGGCCAUGCGAGGAGAGCACGAGCGACAGCGAGCUGGACGAGACCAUCGACGUGGGCUGUGAGAGCCUGCACUCAGGGCAGAGCAACGGACCCUUCAUCAGGUGCGGAUCCCCCACCACCACCACCCAGCUGAUGGCCAGAAAGAAGCGCAGAGGGAUCAUCGAGAAGAGACGCAGAGACAGAAUCAACAACAGUUUAUCAGAGCUCAGGAGACUCGUGCCCACUGCGUUCGAGAAACAGGGUUCCGCUAAACUAGAGAAAGCUGAAAUCCUGCAAAUGACGGUGGAUCAUCUAAAGAUGCUCCAGGCCACAGGAGGGAAAGGCUUUUUCGAUGUCCAGUCUUUGGCUAUGGACUUCAUCAGCAUUGGUUUUCGAGAGUGUCUGACGGAAGUGGCGCGGUAUUUGAGCUCGGUGGAGGGUCUGGACUCUGCUGACCCUCUCAGAGUCCGGCUCGUUUCUCACCUCAGCAGCUGCGCCUCUCACAGGGAGUCACUCGCACUGUCCCAGCAUCAGCACCACCCUCAAGCCCUGCCGCCGCACCCCUGGACCUGGAGCUUCCUGCAGCACAGUGGCCUUCCCUCAUCCUCCUCCUCUUCAUCGUCAUCCUCUUCCACGGACGUCCCUCAGCGACUUUCCUUCACUCACGGUGACUCAGCAGCACUUAGAGCACCACCUGCGGGCUGCGUCCAGCCACUGUCCACCUCCCUCCUUUCACUUUCAGCCACGCUUUCAGCUGCAGCAACACACACCUUCCCCCUGUCCUUCCCUGCAGGAUUCCCACUCUUCUCUCCAGCCGUCCCCACCUCCUCUGUGGCCUCCUCGGCCCUCAGCCCCUCCAUAUCGGCCUCGUCCGCAUCCCAGCAGAACAGCUCCACCUCCAGCUCCAGCAGUGCCAACACUAAACCCUACCGGCCGUGGGGAACUGAAGUGGGAGCCUUUUAGAAGUUGGACUUGAACAAAAGGUUAAAAGACUGGACUCUUUUCAGUCUUUGUGGACAAAGGGGAGACUGCUGACUGCUAUGGCCAUUUUUUUUGUUAAUUUUGGACUGUUCAAAGCUCUCGUGUGCUGGGACGUUUUUCACAUUUUACAGACACAGGAGAGACUGACUGUUUUAAAGGAGUACUUCAGCAUCUUUCAAUGAACUCUGUAUCUGACACAUCUGCAUUGUGCUGUUGAUCACCACAUUCAAUGCGUUUCACUCUUUUUAGAAAAGAACAGAAAAUGUGUUAACUCAAAACACACUCACAAUAAAAGCCAUUACCGAAGUCAAAUAUAUAAAACAAAAAAAUUAACCCAAAACAGAAAUGGUCAAGCUGAUACUGCAACUGUUUUACUCUCUUUUGUUGCUUUUUGCAACUUUUGAUCACUCCAAUAAUACAGAAAAAAUAGUUCUGGAUACUUUUACUUUCCAUGGUAGGUGGUAUCCACUGUGCUCAGCCUGUGAAAUCUCCACCCUCACUGAUAUCCUUCUGAAAAAUCAGUUUUUUUAUUUAUAUUUCUUCAUUCAUAAAGGCACUUAAACUAAAAGAUCUUACAAUACUACAGAAAACAACUAAUCCCCUAAAGGGAGAAAUGGUCAAUAUAUUCAUUGGAAUGGCUCAUUUAUGCUCAUUUACAGCUUAAUUUUCUAAAAGUGCAACAAAAUAUUUUUGGUAUUAAUGUUUACUGACUAAAGUCAGGAACCACCCAUUGCUUCAAUUAUUCAAAUGAUUGAACAGUCAGCACAUUUUCUGUCCUUUUUUUUAAAGUAUAGAAAAUCACAGUUAAAUUAUUUUUGUACAAUCCAGAUUUAGCAAGUCAAGCUUAGGGUGAACAUAGUAGAAGCAUUUCUUUAAUGAGCUAUUCUGGCCAUUUUUCGGCCACUGAUAUGACCUUUCUACUUUCAAAGUGCCACAAUCAGUUUUCCAAGUGCCUGCAUGUAAGUGACAUCAAAGGGAAAGUGUUGCGAGGAAAGAAACUGUAGGAUUUACAUUCAUACUCAUCACACCCAUUUGUGCAGGAGACAUGAAGAUGGUCUGUUUGUUUUUUGUAAUGGUAUGGCCUCAUCACUGUCAAUGUGAUGUCUGUUGUCUUGUCUUUUGCCCUUGGAGAGACAGUACCUCAAUUCUGCUUCAAGCUGACUUUGCUUUGUGCCAGAGGACCACACUGUUUGACGGUGUCCACAGAAUUGCUUGACUGCUAUUACAAAAAUCUGAUGUACUCACAAAAAUCUGAUGUCUUUAUGUUGACAAAAACUCAAAGAAACCAAAGGUUCUACAGAUAAUCGAUGAAAUGAGGUGUGAAUCAGAGUGUGUGUUAUAAUCUAUGAACUAACCACUCAGUCUGUAAAUAUGUGUAAGGGUGUAACUAGGGUUUAUACUGAAGCUAGAGAGCCGUAUUAUUGGCAUGACGAUGCACUUCGGUCACUACUGUUUGGAGGGGACGGGCUUCUCUCCAUAUACGAGAAAACUCACCGUAUCUGCAAAUUUGAAUGCUGUAUUUCAGAUUUGCCAGUAAAUGACACUACUGUAUCUUUUUUAAUCCCAUGUCUUCUCUGUAACAUGUAACCAAUUUUCUAUGCAAAAGCAAAAAAAAAAAAAACAAGCAGAUGUGACAGAUUAAAUUCAAUGCUUUUUAUUUGAACUCUCA